UGAGAUAAUGGAAACGAUAGUUCCAAGCAAUUCACAACUCACCAUCCAAAUCAAAAUUCACUUGACGUGCGGGAAACUCCAACUUGAAUAAUUUCUGGACAUUGUGCCUUUGCUACGAUAGCUCGCCCCUAACACUUUCAUGUAUAAAUAUACAUACCAAUCAUUGUUCAAUCCUCGCUUAUCCACAACCAUCUCUACUAUACUUAGUACACUUAAACCUUUAGCUACACAAGCUAAUCUUAUUAGCCACAAGUACAACCAACACCUAUGGCUUCCACUGAUAAGCCUACAGACCCAGAAUACAACAAGGGAGCUCCUCCUCCUCCUCCUCCAUCGGCCACUGUGAACUGUUCUGUUUUGGAUGUAACCCUCAGGGUCUUAUUAUUUGCGGCAGCUCUGACGGCUGUCGUGGUUGUAGUCACUAGUGACCAAACCAAGUUUAUUGUUCAGCUAGGAAGUUAUCGCGAGGCCAAGUUUAAACACUCCCCGGCUUUGGUGUACUUUGUUGUGGCACUGUCCGUUGCUGGACUUUAUAGUAUCAUUACAACCUUAGCAUCACUCUCAGUCAUGUGGAAGCCAAACUUGUCAACCAAGUUCUUGCUCCAUUUUGCAUUUUGGGAUGUGCUGAUAUUGGGGCUAGUAGCUUCAGCCACUGGCACAGCAGGCGGUGUUGCAUAUGUUGGAUUAAAGGGCAACAAGCAUGUUGGGUGGGUUAAGAUAUGCAACAAUUAUGAUAAGUUUUGUCAUCAUCUAGCAGGAUCUCUUGCAGUCUCUUUGUUCGCUUCCUUUGUGCUUGUUCUUCUAGUUUGGCUCUCAGUUUACAGCCUUCAUCGUCGGAUCCCCAAGUAAGAGCUAGCCUCCACAAGUCCAAAAAUUCCAUAAAUAUAUAUUAUGCGAAUUAUGGCCACAACCAUUAAGCAAAUUGUGUGUUUGUACAAAAUUUGAAAUUUCUACGUAUGCAUUUGUGUAAAUUUAGGGGGGGGAGCUUUUGUGUAGUUUCUUCUAUAUCUUAUAUUUGAUUUGUCAUGUUUGUAGUUUUUUUUCAUGUUAUCAAUUAUGUUACAUGUAAUUGAAUUUGAAUUAUAAGAAUAUUGUCUGCUUCA